CACUUGUAUAUAUUCAAUGAAAUGAAAAAAGUACAUCCAAAGUCCCGUGAGGAAAUGCGAGUCCCUCGUCAGAAGACUCGGGACAGAAGGACGUUUGUACUGUCCACUAGACGCGAGGAAAACCAAGCUCACACAGCCUGCGUCUACGUCGCGCGCGCAAACAAUUCGCGCAAACUACAUCAUUGCCCUCGAGACAAGCCAGGCCCAGCCCAGCUUUCUGAAGGGGAACGAACUAGGUAGAGUCACGACAGCAGAUUCAGGAAUAAACGGCGACCGACCACGUGCGAUGCCUAUGGCCGUUAUAACGGCGGGGGAGGGAAUAGGUGACUGUCAAAGGAGGGGUCGCUCGCUGGUUGGAUAGGUGCGAGGGACGAACGGGACGAGUAUCGUAGUUUAGGGGUGAGCCAAUUGUUGUCUGUCGUCAUGUCUUGGACGGCAUCCGUCGGCUGAUGUUGGGUAGGAGGUAGGUGGGCUGGCCAAUCGCCAUCGACGGACCUGAAACUGAUAUCAGGUUGCGAAACAUUUGGGAAAAUUGGGAGCAGAGAGGUUUGAUAUAUUGGAAUGAGAUAAUGUUUCGACUAUAUCACCGUGAAUUUGGGGGAGGGCGAGAGGACUUGGAAGGUCGGCACUGACGAGGAGCA